AUUGCUUGGUCGUACGCAGCUCCAACGACGAACUUGAUUGAUGCAGCCAACCUCUAGUACCAUCCUCAAAGCUGGCGUGCUCCACAAGAAAGGGUCCGGCGCUGGCCUCUUUGGCCGCCGCAACUGGAAGCCGCGCUACUUUGAGCUCACAGGCACCCUCCUCUCGUACUACGACUUUGCCUCGCGCCAGCUCAAAGGCGUCGUGAGUCUCGAUGCGAUCGGCGUCGACGCCAUCGAGUGCAUGCCCGAAGACGCGGUCAAGACGGGCUCGUCGGGCUCGACCAUCUACCGCAUCGGCGUCACCACGCCGGCGCGCCGCCUUCUCCUGUCGGCGGCCAACGAAAUCGAAAUGUACGACUGGAUCGACGCGCUCGUCGAGGUCGUCGCGGCCAACGCCAAGAACAAGGCGCUCGCCAAAAUCGUGCUCGGCUCGGACGUCAAGGCGUCAACCGAGCACUCGCUCGCGUCCAAGGUGGCGCACGGUGUCUCGCUGGCCCCACUCACACGCCUACCAAGCACCCUCACGGCCUAAGCGCCUCUCCUGCCCUAUUUAGUCUUGUAGUAUCAUAUUUUCCCAGUGCGUCGUCGUGUCGAUGACAGAGCGAUUCGUAUAUUCCCAAUAUGUCAUUUAUUUAUCCUCGCAA